UGUAGUUUUCUCCGUCUCUUUCGCAUAUACAUACACAUAUACAUAUACACAGUCACAGAGCAUAUUUACGUACAGGUUAUGGAAGGUGGAGACCCAAUGUUAGCCCUAGACAACCCAUUCAUGUCGUCGUCGCCGCCCUUAUUGAUGACGGCUUCGUUUUCCGGAGAAACUGCCGGGGCGUCUUCUUCUUUCUCACCGGAGAACUUGCCGGAUAAUGGAGGAGGCGGAGGCAGAGGAGAGGGUGUGAAGAUUAACAAAGGGAAAGGGAAGAGGUCGGCAGCGACGCCGAGGAUCGCGUUUCAUACGAGGAGUGUCGACGAUGUUCUUGACGAUGGUUAUAGAUGGCGAAAAUAUGGCCAGAAAUCUGUCAAGAAUAAUGUUCAUCCCAGGAGUUAUUAUAGAUGCACGUACCACACAUGCAACGUGAAGAAGCAAGUGCAGAGAUUGGUAAAAGACCCGAGCAUUGUGGUGACAACUUACGAAGGGAUUCACAAUCACCCUUGCGAGAAGCUCAUGGAGACUCUCAGCCCUCUUCUCCGACAGCUUCAGUUCCUAUCCACGGUGUCUGAAUUUCAUCAUUAAUUAAUUCCUCAUUCCCUGCAUGUAUAUAUUACUAAUUAACCAACUUUUAAUUUGAUUAAUUAAUUAGUUAAUCAAUGUGGAUCCACUCCAAAGUAAUAGUGAUCUAAGUGUACAAACCAUGCUUACAGAUGAUUGUGCCAUGUGAUGUUGGUGUUC